AUGAGAGCCCCGUGGGUGCUCAUCAAUAAUCUACUACUUUUCAUCCCUCCUGUAUCUGCCGGACCAGCCGCCUACGGAAUUUGCCAAGCAGGAUGUUCCGCUGUUGUCAUGGCUUGCUACUCGGCAGCAGGCUUCACCUGGGGAGCUACUAUGGGUGCUAGUGCGCCUGCCUCCGUCAUUGUAUGCAACUCGGCUUUCGGAACAUGCCAAGCAGCCUGUGCUGCCGCUCUGUUAGCACCAACACUCUGA